AUGAAGGGCACCGGCAGGCAAAAGCUGGACCAGAGAGCCUUCAUGGAGCAGAUGCGUGAGUGCAGGGACAACGGCUACCUGCUCUCCUCCAAGAAGAUCGGCUCCAGGGCCUUCUCCAAAGUCUACCUGGCCUAUGCCACGCAGGAGCGCCUGCAGCACAACUCCAAGCUGGCCUCUGACCUGCGGGGCAAGCGCCACACCACGGUGGCUGUCAAAAUCGUCUCCACCGCUAAGGCCCCUGUGGAGUUCUCUCGCAAGGUCCUGCCCCGUGAGAUCUCAUCACUCAAUGCUACCUAUAAGCACCUGAACGUGAUGCAGCUAUACGAGACCUACCGGAACAGCCAGCGCGCCUACUUGGUACUGGAGCUGGCAACCCGUGGUGACCUGCUGGAGCACCUCAGUGCCGUGUCAGACUGCCACCGCUGCCCCGGGCUGGAGGAGGAGGAGGCCCGCAGGCUGUUCUGGCAGCUGGUCAGUGCCGUGGCCCACUGCCACAACUCAGGCAUCGUGCACCGCCUUGCCUCCCCUUCCCCACACGGGGACCUGAAGUGUGAGAACAUCCUGCUAGAUGACCGAGGCUUCCUAAAGCUGAGCGACCUCGGCUUCGCCCGCUGGUCGGGGCUUAAGAACUGGCUGCUGCGCACCUCCUGUGGCUCUGUGGCCUGCACGCCCGAGAUCCUCACAAGCACGAAGUACAACAGGGAGGGGGCCGACCUGUGGAGCUUAGGUGUCCUCCUCUAUGCCAAGGUGACCGGAAAGCUACCCUGCGAGGAGCGCCAGCCCCGCCGCAUACUGCACCUGAGGCGCGGAGGCCCCACCCUCUGGCCAGGCCUGUCCCCAGAGUGCCAGGACUUGAUCCGAGGCCUGCUCCAGCUGCGCCCGCGAGCGCGCCUAGGCCUGCAGCAGGUGGCCACGCACCGCUGGAUGCUGCCCACUGCGCGUGCGCCCUUCUGCACCUUGCUGGGCACCACACCAGCUGCGGCCGUUUCACUUGGGUGGGCAGAGAAGCCAGAGGAGUCCCAGCUCCCAGUGUCCUGGGACAACGUGGAGUCCAGAGCGGACGUAGAUCCCCCAAGGCUGCUCCUGCUGCUCCUGCAGCUGCGGUGA